AGGAGAGGGUGAAGCUUUCCAACUAUGGCGUCGCCGGAAAUGGAAGUUUCAAUUUCAGUGAGUUUCUUAGCCAUCCUUCGGGGAUUGAAGCAAUUUUGAAUACGAGAGCGUUGCAGAGCUGUCGAUGUGUUGAUUCCAAUUUGUACAGGUUCAGCUUCUUAAUUUUCGGGUUGCGCCGGUGAUGGACUUGCAAGUGAUUCCGACCAGUGAAGAUUGCACGGUUGAGAUGUUGUCUUGCAAGUUUGAGGGCUCUGAAGUUGUCGAGCAGCAGAAUAAAUACUUUUCGGCUUUUAUGAGAAAUCGUAUAAAAUGGGAAUGCACUGAAGCUGAGCAAUUCUUGGAUCUUGAUGUGAAGUUAAACGUCGUCCUUGAGAUCUACACAAUGCCGUUUGCUUUGCUGCCGGUAUCAGCUGUCGAGGGUCCAGGAAACAUAGUGAUGCAGGCUCUUCUCGAUCAGCUGGUGCCGUUACUCGUACAACAGCUGCUACAAGAUUACGAGGAAUGGAUCCAACAGCAAAGCCAACUUCUCGACUGAGUUAUCCGACUACCGUCGCAAGGUUCAUCCGGCAACUUUUAAAGUAGGACUCCAAUUAUUGUAUUUAUGAAGCUAUGGAUGUUUUCGGUUUUUGACAUAAGUAUAUAGUUUACAUUCAUUAUUCCA